CUCUUUCAUGUAAUUUUUGAAUGAAUUGUGUUUGCCUACAGUUCUUAUGCUCCAUCUAUGAUUGUUAUGCUUUGGAUUUGCCUCUUCAUGUAUUAUCUAUGAUUUCCUAGUUAAUUAGGGUUUGAUCUAGAAAAUGAUGGCAAUGGGGCGGGGGCAUGAAGGGUACCUUAAUACCCAUGCCCACCCCAGGCUACUAUGGGUCGGGGCGGGUCGACCCACUCUUAAAUGUUAUAUGAAAAAAAUACACUCAAAAUUUUACGUUUUAUGAUAAACAUUAAACAAGGGGGAAAACACUUUAUGAAUGAAAAAUAGUGACAAUAGAACAGGUAAUUAAGUUUAACAAGUUGAAAGGCCGAGUAUGACUAGUUGAUGAAAAGUCGAAAUAUGAGAAAUAUGAAUAGAUAUUGUAAGAAAUGGAGGUAAAAUAGGCCAAGAAUGGGGCAGGGUGGGUUGAAAGUAGAUACCCAUGUCCCGCCCCAUGCUACUGCGGGUCGGGUAAUACUCACCCUAUCGUGGGUCAGGUCAGGAUAUGUGUGGAUUGAGCAGUCUUGCAUGAUUUGUUUGGAUGUUGGAUCUAGGAGUUUAGUAUGGUAGGCGAGGCGAUCGUACCCCUAUCUAUUAGGCGUCAACCUAGGCAAUGAUAGGGAGUCAAGUGCAUGACCAUCAAAUUAAUGGCCUAGUGUGUAGAUGGGUAGAACCCAUUUAGAGGAGACAGGUAUAUAAAUGCAUCGUGAAGCUAGCUGAAGUGACAUUGGGCUAGUGGAUCGAUGUAGGAGAGGGAUUGGUUGCAUGACCAUUGAGCCAAUUCUCGUAUUAGCAAUCUCCACACCUCGAUUACCAUGGAUCUUCAUUAUAUCUUUUGCAUGCUAUCUCUAGUGGUUAGGGCGAGGGAGGCACCCUAAGUACCUCUUAUCUCAUAUCAUCCUCUUGUUCAUUAAUCUCUAACUUUCCAUCGGCUCCGUAACAAGUCGACUGGAUAAAAACUGAGUCAAAGUAGCCUAGACUACCAUUACCCAUGGAAUAUGACCUUGGUCAGCUGUUGUACUAGCAACACCAUCUUGAGUUAUUCUUGGCUCAACACGGAUUUAAAUUAUGACAAGCACAACACGGAUCAAGAAAAUGGCUAUGUUGCUCGGGACCAAUGGUAACUAGUUGAGAGAUUUAGGUUGUUAACUUAGUCUUACUUUCUUUCUUAUAUUAGUAGUAGUAGCAGUAUUGCAUAGUAAUAUAUUUUAAUGUUCUUUCAUUUCUUUUGCUUUCUUUCUUUGCUUUGUUUUCUCCCACCUUUGCCCUUAAAGGUGUUUUUGUUUUUCGUUUGCGUAGGUUGAAUCAUGGAUCCAUAUGGCUUCUCCAACACAUGAAGGUAUCGACGAAUAACCGAAAGAGGCCAUCCCGAAGCUUCAUCGAGAAAUUAAGAUAGUUGGAAGCCAUGGAUUUGGCUUCUAUGAUCAACCUGCCUUCUAUGAAGAACAACCCUAUCCUUGGGGGUUUCAAGAGGCUUCCUCAUACCAGGAAGACUUCACUCUACAACCGGAGACCGAGAUCCCAUUGGAGCUUUCCAUGGGGAAAUUUGAAAAGGUGUUCUCUAAUGUGGUCCUCCCAUCCAUCACCUCUUCGGAUUGCACACUCGUACAUACAUAGAAGGAAUCCCUCAAGAAGGUGGCAAAACUAGCAGAGGUUGUUGAGCAAGCUUGUGUACAACUAGCUCACGAUAAUCUCUUGGCUACUACAAAUAUGGAGACGGUUGAAGAGGCGAUCCAUGAGUACUUUGAGGAGAAAGAAGAACUUAUCACGAAGAGCUUUCGUGAUGAUGUUGAGCAAACAUGUCCUUUGGGGGUAUAUCACACCCUUCCAUUCCCAAGUAUGAGCUUCAAAGAUGCACAUGAGAAAGGCAAGAAGAAGAGGUCUCGUGGGUGGAGAUUAAAUUCUCCCCAAGUCCAAGAGUAUUGAUGUGUUUUAAUAUUUUUAAAUCGAAGCGCACUCACGUCAAUCCUAACAAGGCCAAGAUAGGGAUGCUGUAAGUGGCUCAGUCAUAUUCCAAGGGUCACGGUAUUCUAGGCUAUUUAGCCUCGGUUGUUAUCUAGUCAACCUGUUACUUAAUAGGUGGGCAGUUGACGAUUACUGACUCGCACGAAACUACACCACUAUAAAAUCCCGAAUUGAGUCCAAGUUCUUAAACUCUAGUCGGGUGCGGUAUAGAGCAAGUAUUUAGAUAUCAACCCGGGCCAGUCUGUCUACCCCUACUUUGGUUGUUGAAAUCAUUAUCUAGCUACAAAGUUUUGGUUUGAAAGUUUGCUAAUUAUAACAAAACAAAGCAAAGGUAAAUGGGUUCAAAAGUUUGCUAAAUAUAUAUAUAUAUACUUCGUCCAUUUAAUUCCCCCCGCCUGUCCAUUUAUUCUCAUCGUUUCCAAUUCUCAACCGAGAGAAAACCAGAGAAACAAAGCACACGCGGAGCGCUCGGCCAAAAAUUUCAAAGCUCAAAUUCUUGAGCCCUAGUGAUCCAAAAAUCCCGUAAGUAAUGCCUAAUUCAUUCUUACAUCGUGAUUUAUCGAUUUAGAGCUUUAAAACGAGUUUUUGGUUCAGGAAUUUCUUGAUUUCCCGAUAAGCCAAAUUAGGGUUUCGGAGUAUCCGGAAGCCGGAUUGAGCCCAAAUUUCAUAUACGAGCUUCCUGCAGCGAGGUAAUCAAUCAUCUAGUUCUAAUCCCUGAAUUUCGGCUAUUAUUUAGGCCGAGGUCCAAACCGCUGAAUUUAGCUCCGGCCAGGGUUUGAUGUGUUUUUAUCAAGAAUUUGACCCGGAGCCUAGAACUAAUAUUGACGGGAAUACUGUAGGGGAUAUUAGGACGGUCUCGGAUUUUAAUUCGGGGUUCGUUCGUGAAAUUGAAGUUUUAGUACGGGGAGGUUAAACCGGUGUUUGAACGACCAGAACUGGUGAGGGAUUAGCACGGCAUACCGGGUUUGUCGUAUCACGAUAAUUAUAUUGAUGCUUAGAAUUGAUCUAGGUGAACUAGAAUGGCAUGAUUAGGGGUGUAUGAACUUUUGUGCUAUAUGUUGAACCCUGGAUUGCUGUAUGAUAUUAUUGACUUGCCCUAAUCGAUAUGAACCUUGUUUAUGCUGAUGAUUGUGUAUAUGUUGCAAAUUGUGGGCUUGACUGUUAAUAUGCUUUACGAUGGUUCGAGAAGGUGAUUAGGUAUGAUUUUUCAUGAUUGUUGUAUUUGGAUGCACAAGUGGGAAAAUAUAUAUUCCCUGGUGAUAUUAUGAUGUUUAAAGAGGAUGACUUGCACGAGGGUUUAUCCCGAGGAAGUGCAAUUAUACGACUCCUGAUUUACCUAUGUUGAGCCAAUUAUGGCCAGGUCAAGUUCAUGUGCAAGUAAUGAAUUAUGAUUAAGCAAGAUGAGAUAUGAAUCAUGUACAAAGAUAUCAAAUAUGAGUAUUGUGGUCUCACGGUCAACUACAUAGUAAUUAGGGCUCCCUAUGCUAUUACUCUAUUAUGAUAUGUAUGAUAGUUACACCUCUCAUGUGGUGGUGACUGAAGAAUUCUUACGAGAUAUGACCACACCCAGAGCGGUGUCGGGGUAUGACUACACCCAUAGUGGUGUGGGGUAUGUAUGACCACAUCCGACGGGAUGUUGGGGUAUGUAUACCUACAUCCGACGGGAUGUGGGGUGUGUUUCCCGGGAGAGUUAUUAGCAUGGGAGUAGCCAGGCGCCUAUGAGUAAAACAUGAUAAGAUGCAUAUGCAUAAGUCAAGGUGGUUGAGUCUUUUGCCUAUUGGGAUGUCGGAGGGCUGAGAUCUGAUCCUAGUGCUUUGGCUUGUUUGCUAGAUGUAUGGUAGUGGUAUGCUUUGUUAUGAACUCACGAUGCUAUGAUUAUCUCACUCAGCUAUGAGUUGACCCUCUUUUAUUCUUCUUCUCUGCUUAUGCUAUGUGUAAGCAGAUCAUCAGCAGCAGCAGUAGAUAAGUGUUAGGUGGGAGAGGAGCUAGAGUUGAAGCCAGGAUGAGGUAUGGUCUUCAACUAUUCUAUGCUUGGACUACUACUCGGGAUUUUGGCCAGUGAUCCACACCUUUUUGUAAAAAUGUUUUGAGAACGUUUGUCAUGUGCAUACUAGCUUCUGAUGUAGUGUGAGAUAUCCACAGGUGUGGAAAGUUGAUGAUAUGUGUAUAUUUAUGUGGUUGUGUAAGUUAUGACGACUAUGAUAUGUAUUAGUAAGGUAUGCAGUUGUGGAGUAUGAAACUGUGCCAUGGCUAAGAAAAGCCAAUGCAUAUGGUUGUAAGUAUAUAUGUUUGUGAUGAAUUAUUUUGCAGGAUAAGUUGCAAGAACUGUUAGCCCAUUACGCGAGUAAUUCAUGUCGAAAUUUUAUUUGGGUAAAUUUUGAUAAUUAAUGUAACACCCGAGAUUAAUUCCGCUGCAAUUGUAUGAACAAUAUGAUUAGGCAAAACGUAUAGGGUAGGGUGUUACAAAUGGGCUCUCCCCUCUCUCCUCCUUUCAGCUCAUUAUUUAAACCAAAGAUGAGCUGAGUUCACAGCCUGAGUUCACGGCCGUAAACCACGAAACGCGUACUUGAACUGCCGGCAUGUGCCAAAACGCACCGCUUUGAGCUCUUCUGUUCACGAUCAACAACCUUCGUUCAAGGUCUUAGUGACCGUGAACUCACCUUGCGUUAGUAACCUCCGUUUUGACUCUGGAAGCCUCAUGAUUCACGGUCAAGGCAUCUUCUUCACGGUCAUGCAAUACCGUGAACUUCCUUGGUUAGCCGUGAACUGACCAUUUUUCACCUCUUCUCUCGGUUUUCGAUCCUUUUCGCCCAACUUUCGGCUCCGAGGCUGGUUUCACCUGUUAAAUCAUGAAACAUACUAAAACACCAGGAACCUAGCAUAAACCCAACCUUUUAGGAGCGAAUUUGGCACAAAUAUCUAAGUAAAACGGGGGUAAAACAUGUACAAUUAGGCCGAAUCACACUCCCAAACUUAAACGUUUGCUUGUCCCCAAGCAAACCAUUUUACACAAAGGUAAUAUUUCAACCUACAAAAAUACUAUCGGGACAACUCAAAGGGCACAAAGUGGGAAUUCUCAAUGGCUAUUGGCAAUCAAUACAUGGACCGUUGGAAGCAAUACCGACAUCCACCACAAACGACAUUCGAAGCCACCAAAAAUGGGCAAACAAAAAGUUCUCACCUUGUUCAUGGAUCAAUGCAAGUCACAACAAGACCACUCAUCAAUCACAACCAACCAUGAAUGGAAUUCAAGUCCGAGGAACAAAUGGAAAGGCAACAAAGGUUCGCACCGGGGUAUGAUAUGACAUGCAAAACAAGAAUGAAUCACUCACUCUCAAGACCAGUGGGUUGGCACCUUUUUGGUGCAAAAUAUGUGCACAAUCAUAAACUCUCGGCCUUAUCGUCUCAAUACCACGGUGGUAACCUCUAGAUGCUAGAGUUCACGGGAUGGUUGUCACCACUAGCUCGUCCGGAGGUCUUAGACAUGGGUUCAGAUGACUGGCAAUUGUCAUGGACAUGGGAAAAAGGCUUUUUGGGUGGUGGCAAUCAUGACGCGAGGUUCUACAUCUUCAAACUAAACCCAAAGGUUCUAUGGUUUCGACUAAAACCCCUCUUUUCAACCCAAGGCCACUAGCCCCGGCCAAAAUCCUUAUCUCUCCUUUCCAAACUAUUACCCAUUGUGAACUACAUUGAAGCACACUUCCUCGGUCUACCCUUGCUAGCACAUUAAGGUUUGGCAGUGAAGGAUUUCUAAAACAAUGUGGGGGUUUCGAUGGCUUGGGUGCCAAGAAACCCCGCCUAGAGCA